AUGAUUGCAAUAGAAUCUGAACAGCCGUUGACAAAAGAGGAGCGAGUGCCUAAAGUUGAACCGACGACCUCACAGAGAACCCUUACACGGUCUAGUGCCGUAAGCCAAAAAUCAGUAGACUUAGUCGUACAUCCGGAGAGCUCAAACAACCCUCUACAUAGAUCAAAAUUAGCUCCUACUCGAUCAUCAUCGGAGUCAUCGUCGGGAAAAAAGAUGCUAAAUUUGAGGAAAACCAAGAAUUCUUCAAUAGAAUCAACCAUGAGCUUACCAAACCAGAAAUCUUUGGAGAAGAAACACGGUAGUCUUCGACAUCAGAAAUCUAUUGGGGCUCAUUCAGAUAUAACCUUAAGCACACAGCCUUCGAUGUCAGACGACAGGAAAGCUCUAAGGGAAGCCUUGUAUCAGGGUAUAUUUCAUAGACACAGGAGAACGAUUUUCGCAGUGGGAUCUUUUCUUAGAAUGCUUAGAAGCAAAACGUCCAAUUACGAUUCAAUUAGAUCUGAUUCGGACGAGAUUUAGCAGUCCUAAGCUAGUUCUAGUGAUUGUUAACGUAGGUAGUGAUACCACAGACUGCAAAUGUGCUUUUUAAAAGUUAUAAAAAUACAAUGUUAUUAGAUUUAGUAAUUUGUAAUAAGAUUCUUGUUUUAUAUUAAAAUGUUCCUAAUUAGAUUUGAUGAGGUUUUUAUUGUUACAAACCCUGCUUGAAACCCCAAUAUUUCGGUAUAUCAAAUUGUAUUAACACGAAUGUAACGUAUGCAAGAUAUUAUAAACAAAAGUGUGCCAAAACACUGAUCUAUCUCAUCAAGCUUAAUUGGUCAAAAAUGCUUAAACAUAAAAAGUUUUGUGUAGCAAUGUAAGUCGAAUUAUAAGUGCUGUUAGUUUUCUAUUACUAAGUCGCGUGACAAUACACAAGGACGUAUUAUGUUCCUGAUUACCUUGACUCUAUAAUAAAAAAAAAAACAUUCGUUACGUUCAGAUUUUUUCGACUUAAACAGUUUAUGGUCGUAUUACAAUUAUGUUUACGAAGUUUUUAUUCUUUAAACGUUUCUAAUAUAACUUGAUAUUAUUAUUAACCAUUGUAUUCUAAUUUAAAAAAUGAUCGUUUUUAUUCGGCUAGUUGUACAAUAUUUUAAAAAUUAUUUAGAAAUUAAAUUUUAUUCUUAUGUGUUGCCUUUUGCAAGAGUGAUGCUAUAAUAAUAACGAACAUAGAGCUUAAAAUGUACGUAGUUUAAAUAAUAUACUACAUUGCAAUCGAUUUUUUUUAAUUUUUAUGUAAAGCAACACACUAAAUUUCAAUGAAUAUAAUAUCUUCGUAGUUUAAAAAAGGUCCGCAUUAACUGACAAUUUAUUUAAAUUGAAGUUUUUUUUUGAUUAAGUGUUGCUCUACGUAAAAAUUAAAAUACUUUGAGUAGAUUAACAGUUAUUUUGCAAUGAUCGUGAUUUACAUUAUAAUAUCGAAUAGUGUAUAAAACAAAGGAGAUUGUUGAACACAUUUUUGGAACAUUUUAUGCACUUUUAUAUAUUUGUACAUCUGAUGUUUUGUAUACCAUGCUGUUAUUAAUAAUAAAAUUAAAUAUAUAAUAUACAUACAUAUAUAUAUAAAGCCGGA